CCAUAAAAAAAACACUCACUUCUCUCCACCUCUCUCAUCGCUGAGUACGUCUACCAGUCCCAAAACUACUCUGCCCGGCGCACUUCUCGUCACUCUCAUCACGUGAUGAACUUCCAGCCAGAGGUGCAGUACGGAAAAAAUUAGUUUUGCGUCGGGACAGACAGUCGGCAGAAGGAAGAGCAGAAAGAACAUCGUGCGAUAAUAGUAUUGUUGUUGUUGUUUCUGAGAAGGGUUUAAGAAUUGUACUAUUGUUUGGAAGAAGAUAGAGAAAUUGCGUUAGAAUGCCGUCGCAAGGUCAGGCACAUCGUACGCUGGGACGUCCCUCCGGACAUCGUCGCGCUCUUCUCCGAAACCUCGUAACCUCCCUCAUCGAGCACGAGUCCAUCACGACGACCUACGCGCGCGCAAAGGAAGCCCAACCUCUUCUCGAGAAAAUGAUCACGGCGGCAAAGAUCAACACGAACGCCACGCGCGCACGCAUGUACAGCUUCGUGUUUAGCCCCAAACUCUCGAUCGACAGACUCGUGAACGAGUUCGCGCCGCGGUACGCGGACAGAACGGGCGGGUACACGCGGCUGCUGCAUCUCGAGCCGAGAGCGAAGGAUUCGGCGCCGAUGGCGGUGCUCGAGAUGGUGGGCGGACCGAAGGAUCUUCGGCUGUAUAUGACUGCGAAAGCGAUUGCGCGGGCGGAGACGAAAGGGGUGCCGUUUGAGGAUAAGCCUACGAAGUUGAAUUACCAGAAGAUUACGGAGAACAUGCCGAAUGGCGCGCAGGUGCUGCGGGAAAAAGUCGAGCUGAUGAAGAAAAUCUACUUUUCCAACACGCCUGCGAAGAAGGCAGAGCUGGAGGAGAAGAGACGGGCGUCGCUUAAGGGCCAGAUGGUCGGCAAGCAGCGUGCGUUCGAGCGCAGUCUCAAGCAGGCGGAUCCCAAGUUCCGCGCAGAGCGGGCGCAGGAGCGGAAGCGUGCAGAGCUGCGUAAGGCUCGUCGCGAAGAGGCGGAGAGGAAUAGGGAGAUCAACCUGAAGAAGAAGGCGGAGUUGGAGGAAUAUGUCAAGUUGGCUCCGCAAAGACGGGCAGAGAGGAGAAGGAAGUGGCUCGAGUAUGUGCUUAGGGAAGAGGGACACGAGGCCUGGUUGGAAAAGAGCAAGUGGACUUGAGAGAUGGUGUAUAUUUGUAUAUAGUUUAAAUUUAUAUAUUCUAAAGCAAAAACAGUAGGUACGAUGUCGCUGUAAUCUAGAUAUUCUAUCUUUGCACCACAUCAAAACUAAAUAAAUGUUCAGAAAAUAAAAAAAAUAGGAAAUAUUAGAAAACUAAAAACAUAAAAGAUAAAAUUUCUAGCAUAUACUUUACAUUAAAC